GUUUUUUUUUUAUCAAUAAUCUUCACACAGCACGAUUAUGUGAGACACACACACGCGUAAAACACAUGAAAGAUAAAAUCUAAAUGGGUAGUGAAUACAUCUUCAAAGUUUUCUAUUAGCUGAUAUUUAGCAGUGCAGUGAACACAAGAGGAUCUAACUAUCAACCGUAAUUGCAGUAUUUUUGAAAGAGAAUUAUUAGAAAAUAGAACAAGAACUUCAGUCGGCUCAACCCAGAUGCGAUUCGGCGAAACUAUUUACGGUGUAAUGAGGCACUUCGUUCAACCUGUGCUGCCGUCUGUACUAGCAUUAUUUGCUCCGUUCAUUGUGGCUGCUCCGGAACCACGUGAUGACGCUCACUUCCAGGAUAACGCAUCAAAUCAUCCACCAAAAUCUGAUGCAGACGCCGCUGAACGAACCGCUUUAGAGGCGCGUGUGAGCGUUCUACUGCGAGACAAACUUCAGGCUUUUGGCUGUAUCAUGCGGACAUCGGAUCUCGAGAAUGACAUUCCUGUACUGGAUCCAUUAAAGGUCAAACCGAAAAAUAUUACGCCAGCCUUCGGGCCAGAUGUAUUCGACGUUCGAUUUUCCAACAUGAAGUUCGAGGGACUAUCGGACUUUAUAUUGAAUCAAGUGUCAUCCGACUUUCGCGACUUUCGCAUUAAGAUCUCAGUGCUGAUUCCCCGCGUCACGACGAACCUAAAUUACAAUGUAACAGGCAGCCUGUACGACUUAUUCCGUGUAGCGGGUGCAGGUGAGGCCCGAAUCGAAUACACUGAUGUCUUUAUGAGAACCGUCUUGUAUCUGGAUAUCAUCGACAACAAACUUCAACUAGCGUUCGCGGAUCAGCCUUAUGUCGAUUUCUCGUCAGCCCAGGUUAAGGUAAACGGCAGCAACGGGCCCAGUUCGAACCGACACUUCAACGAUCUGUCUCAUCAAGUAGCCCCCAUUGUAUUUUGGGUGUUCGCUGAAGACGUCGCAUCCGCGCUCGAACCCCACCUAGAAUUCUACUUGAACGCUCAAUUAGCCAGAAUAUCUCUACCACCGCUAGCUUACGCUCUACGAGAUCGAGUUCAGCCUCCUAAAGAACUGUGCAAGAUGCCAUUCUCGUUGGGAACGGCGAGAGCCGCCCCUAGAAGAGCUGAACAGAACGUUUGAUGAGAAGAGAGCAACGGAUAAGGAAGUACUCCAAACGACGAGCUCCAACAAUGGAGCAGUCUGAGAGCAACAAUUUAGUGACAUGGGGACGGAGUUCGAAACAAGAAAAGGACCAAGGUCCGCUUGAACAUUGACGUGAUACAAGAGGGUGUGUGCGGGAAGACCACAAUGCGUGGUAUGAACCCGUACAUCUAAGUCACGUGUAGCAGAAUACCACGAAUUACCUCAAGCCAUUAGUGCCUUAAUAUGUAGGCCUGGGAAAAAAGCAUCCUGGAAACAACUUCCUUGGUCGUAAGAGCCUUACGUUAAGCUAUACUGUGAUCCUUAGGAAUUGGUCUGGUGACCCUUUUAUCCCGUUCUCCUAUUGAAAUAAUCCAGACGCUUUUCAUUCCAAUUAAAUCAUCCUCCAUUAAUCAAACUCUUACCACACGGCAUGUCGGUUACUACACGAAGAAAAACAGAUCUCGGCUUUAGCAUUGCUGAUACAGACCCAAAUAAAUGUUGGCCCGUUUGCGUACGUAUAAUUGUAACCUUAGACAAGGCGUCGGUUGCCCGUCGAAACUUCAGUCAGCCCAGCUUUUCGCUUAUGGAAGGUUGCCUUCACUUCAACAUGCUGACCCCGUCUUACUUAAAAAAACAAACAUAUAAAAUAUUAAAAUCGCUUGGAAAAUUCGAUUUUGUAAUGCUUGAAAAAGCCCU